UGUAUUCAGGCGAAGGAAGAAAAUCCGUCGCUCUCUUGCCAGCUUGUUCAGUCUUGGUGACUGCAGUUCAUGGCUCAGCAGCACUGUCCUCAGCAAUGUGGAUUCCUCCCUUGUAGAUGAUCCUUGGCCUGACGGAUGGAGGAAACUAGAAGACAGUCGGAAUUAUAUUGGUAAUUUGGACUUUUCUUCUGAAUAUAAUAGUCAUGAGCCACAAGGACAAACUCCAGCAUCUAAUGGAGCCUCUCUCAUCAAAGACGAUGAGUUUCAUCAGCCUGAGAAACCAUUUUGUACUUCAAAAUCCUGCUCUCCAUUUACGACAAAUGCAAAUGACGAGACUUUGAGCAAUGCAGAAUCCAGGACAGGGCAAAAUGUCUUUUCUCAGAUGGUUGCACUGAUCAUGUGUUUAAUCAUUUCCAUAUGCACAAGAUACUUUCUGGGAGGAUUGUCUGCCACUUUGGUGCUGAUAAUUUUAGUGUUUCUUUUGUCCCAGGAUGCUGCUGUGCCAUCUUUCUUUAGUCUUUACACAUCUUUCAAAACAACAAGGUUUUGGCUUACGAAAGCCUAUGAUGAAAACCGCAUCCUACUCAUCCAGUGUGCCAAGCAGUGGAGGCUACAUAAGGCACUUCUUAAAGUCAGCGGAACUGUUUAU